AUGGUCAGUGGUCAUAGUAUGGAUGGUCUUAGAGAAGCUCCAUUGGAAAUCAAAGGUGAAGACGUUUAUAAAAGGAUGCGAUGGGAGGCAGGUGUACAUUGCGUACAAUGUGUACCUGUGAUGCAAAACACAAGUUUGGUUCACACUAGUACAGCUGCAGUUAUUGUCUUAGCUUUUGAUCCUGGAAAUCAAGACAGGCAAGAAGAGGCCUUAUUUGAAGAUAAGGAUGUAAGAACAGAGACCAUGAGAUCACAGGGUGUUGGUGGUCAACAUGUCAACAAGACUGAAUCAGUGGUCCGAUUGACACAUGUUCCGAACUGGAAUUCCAGAGUAUUCAUGAUCCUAAGAGCGAUAUUAUCAGAUCUAAGAAAUCAACAAAAGCAAGUUGAAGAGCGUGGCCUUAGACUCUUGCAAUUGAUUUGUGUUUUCCAGGGACGAGUCACAGAUCAUAGGAUUGGGUUAACUUUACCCAGGCUACAUUAUGUGAUGGAGGGUGAUGAAACUUUGGAGUCAAUCUGGAUGUGA